AUGAAUCAAUCAGAGGCUCUAUCAUGUCCCUUCUGUCCAUUCUCCGACACGGACGCCAGUUUUCUGGAAAUGCACAUUGACCAUUGCCACCCGGAGAAUGGCGACUGGCACCGAGAAUCGCAUCAACCUGAGGUGGAUGCAUGGUCAAAUGCGAGAUCUCACUCGCAAUCUCCGCGAGAAGCAGACGAAGAUCCCACCGAGAAAUAUGUCGAUUGUCCGCAUGGAUGCGGCGAGACAGUGACGACUGCCGAGCUGUCCACUCAUCUGGAUUUGCAUCUUGCAGAGGGGAUUGCCUUUGAAGAUGGCGAGACAGAUUCGGCUCCGUAUAUUGCGGAUGAUUCCGCUAAUACAGAUGACUAUGAUCUGCCAUUGGGGAAGGAAGACGAGUUAGAUCUUCAGGGAGCGUUGGAAGGUGGAAAGCGCGGCUCGGGGCGAGACAUGGCGCGAAGAAAUAAUGUCACAAAACCUGCUAAGGCGAAGAGUCCGCCACGACAUCGAGGAGAAGAUGGUGCGAUGAGAUUGGGGCGCGCGGAACUGGGUCCCCACGCCCAUGAAAAGAAAAUGCCAUCAUGGCUCAAACAUUUGCUGGAAAAAGGAGGCCGAACAUCUAAACAAACCCACAUCACCUCAGAUGGAAAAUUGGCACGGCAAACUACCGUGGAAAAUGAGACAGACAAGCUCAUUCCCGUCAUCUUGAGGCUCUGCGAGCAAGACAAGACAGUUCAACGCGCAUUUCUCUGCAAUCCCAAGGUGCGCCAUAUCUGCAAGCUCUCGCGUGAGGGUGGGUUCUGCGGAUAUCGCAACAUCCAGAUGUUGAUCUCAUAUAUCAACAAAACGCAAGCAUUGGGCCAUUCGCAUUUUCCCCACGGUAUACCAUCUAUUCUGGAGUUACAGGAUCUGAUUGAGCAGGCCUGGGACAUGGGCUUUAAUAGUACAGGGAGAACGGAGACGGGAGGGAUUAAGGGGACGAGGAAAUUCAUCGGGACUCCAGAAGCACAAGCUCUCUUUCAGAGCCUUGAAAUUCCCUGCGAUGCUAGCAGCCUUGCCUCGAGUGAUAGACUACCGGCACACGAUCAACUAUACAUGGAAGUAGCAAAUUACUUUCGUGCCGCCUGUCCGGUGGACAACGAGUCAAUCAAAGUCUUUCAAACAGACUUACCACCGAUCUAUUUCCAACACGAUGGCCAUUCAAUGACCAUCAUUGGCUUUGAAAUCCGCGACGACGGAUCUGCCAAUUUGCUCGUGUUUGAUCCCAUGUUCAAGACCUCUCCGGCGAUGCAGCGCCUAAUUGGUACUUCGGCGAAAAGUGACCAUCCGGCUCGAUUGCUAAAGGCGUACCGUCGAGGGAACAGGUAUUUACAGAAAUAUAAGCUUUUUGAGCUGCUCAAGUUAAUCCCAAUACCAGGUGACGAGCCUAGUAAGACGGGGACGAAGACGGGCUCCAGUAUCAUGAUGUAA